CCAGCGGUGGCACCGGACCCCUCGGCCCCAAUGCCUGGGCGAGCAGAACGGAGUGGGUGGCGGUGGUCGGAGCUGUGCCGGGGUCCCCCGGGGGGCGAGCGCGGCCGUGUUCCUUUGGGCAGGCUGCAAGGACGGUGUAUGAGUUUGGCAUGAUUUGGUCUCCUGGGAUUCUGCCAUAGCAAGAAAGAAGUUGGAAAUACUCCUGAAAGAAAACUAAAACAAAACAAAAGCCUCAGCGUCUUCUUUUCAUGGUUGUCAGUUGCCUUACAAAGAUGGACACGUUUCCUAGUGUAUUUCCUCCUGGUGGAGACAGUAGGCUGAAUCCUGAACCUGAGUUCCAAAAUAUGUUAAUUGAUGAAAGGGUACGAUGUGAACAUCAUAAACAUAAUUAUCAGGCUCUGAAAAUUGAACACAAAAGGUUGCAGGAAGAAUAUGUAAAAUCACAAAAUGAACUUAAGCGUGUGUUGCAUGAAAAGCAAACUAACCAGGAAAAAUUCCAACUGCUCCUUGAAGAGUUAAGAGCGGAAUUAAUGGAGAAAAUUAAAGACCUGGAAGAAAUGAAGCGGCAGGUAUUAACACCCCAAAAAUUGGAAUUGGUAAGAGCCCAAAUGCAGCAAGAAUUAGAAGCUCCAAUGCGAGAGCGUUUCCGGACUCUUGAUGAAGAAGUGGAAAGGUACAGAGCUGAAUAUAAUAAGCUUCGCUAUGAGCAUACAUUCCUCAAGUCAGAAUUUGAGCACCAGAAGGAGGAGUUUGCUCGUAUUUCAGAAGAAGAAAAAAUGAAAUUUGAAUCAGAGGUGGCACGGCUGGAGAAGGAUAAAGAGGAACUGCAUAACCAGCUGCUCAGUGUCGAUCCCACAAGAGACAGCAAGCGCGUGGAGCAACUCGUUCGAGAAAAAGCCCAUUUGCUUCAGAAACUGAAAGGGUUAGAGGCUGAAGUAGCAGAAUUAAGGGCUGAGAAAGAGAAUUCUGGUGCGCAUGUAGAGAAUGUCCAAAGAAUACAGGUGAGGCAGCUGGCGGAGAUGCAGGCUGCACUCAGGUCCUUGGAGGCUGAAAAGCAGUCAGCUAAGCUGCAGGCUGAACGCUUAGAGAAAGAGCUGCAAUCAAGCAAUGAACAGAACACUUGUUUAAUCAGCAGAUUGCAUAAAGCGGACCGAGAAAUAAGUACGCUGACCAGUGAAGUGAAAGAGCUCAAACAUUCAAACAAACUAGAAAUAACUGACAUCAAACUGGAGGCAGCAAGAGCUAAGAGUGAGCUAGAAAGAGAAAGGAAUAAGAUUCAAAGUGAACUGGAUGGAUUGCAGGCAGACAAUGAAAUUCUCAAGUCCACUGUCGAACACCACAAAGUACUCUUGGUGGAAAAAGAUCGUGAAUUAAUUCGUAAAGUACAAGCUGCCAAGGAAGAAGGUUAUCAGAAACUUGUGGUGUUACAGGAUGAAAAGCUGGAACUUGAGAACAGAUUAUCAGACUUAGAGCGAAUGAAAGUGGAACACGAUGUCUGGAGGCAGUCGGAAAAGGAUCAGUGUGAAGAGAAACUGCGGGCCUCACAGAUGGCGGAGGAGGCAGCCCGGAGGGAGCUUCAGAGCAUUAGGUUAAAACUUCAACAACAAGUUGUGAAUACUGAAAAAGCAGAGAAAGAAAAACUUGAAAAUGCUGAGCUGAAACAGCAAAUCAGUCAUUUGCAGAUCCAGGUGACCUCGCUGACACAGUCAGAGAAUGACCUGCUGAAUUCAAACCAAAUGCUGAAGGACACGGUGGAGAGAUUAAAACAGGAAUGCCGACAUUUACGAAGCCAAGCUGAAAAAGUGCAGCUAGAAGUUGAAAAGACACUGGAGGAAAAACAGAUCCAGUGGUUGGAAGAAAAGCAUAAACUUCAGGAGCGUAUCACAGACAGAGAAGAGAAGUAUAAUCAAGCUAAAGAGAAACUCCAGCGAGCUGCAACUGCUCAGAAAAAGAGAAAAUCUCUUCAUGAAAACAAAUUGAAGAGACUUCAGGAAAAAGUGGAAGUCUUGGAGGCAAAGAAAGAAGAAUUAGAAACAGAAAACCAGGUGUUAAAUAGACAAAAUGUUCCAUUUGAAGAAUAUACAAGGCUUCAAAAACGACUGAAGGACAUACAGAGGAGACAUAAUGAAUUUCGAAGUCUGAUUUUGGUUCCUGACCUGCCUCCACCAGCAUCGCUCCACCCUGCUAACUUUCAGUCGUCAGCUGUAGUUCCUGGAAUGGAACUCUCCUUUCCUCCUCAUAUGCAGGAGGAACAACAUCAAAGAGAACUCUCUCUACUUCGCAAAAGACUGGAGGAACUAGAAACCACACAAAGAAAACAGCUGGAGGAACUUGGCUCUUCUGGGGAGUGAUGCUGAAGAAAGGCAAAGCCAGGAACUCAAUAAAGCGUGAGGUUGAACAGGUGCCAUUGAGAUGC